CACCGCCAUGAAAAGCGGGGGACAAUAACACAAUUUGUGCUUACGUCUUGAUCCUCUCACCGUCCCCGAAUGUGUUGGGGUCGAAGGUUAAUGCUUAUCUCUGAAUUAAAGUGAAAUACCUCUUCGGAAACAUGCUCUGCAAACAGUGAUCCAAGGAAACGAAGACGAGGGACAUAUCUUACAACUCGUUUUGAAUUUGGUAGCUACCACCUGCUCAGCACUGGUAAUUGGAGGCCAGCGUUAGCUUGUGGUUGAAGAGCGCCACCAAUGCAUUGUUGUUGAAUUUUUAAAUUGACACAGGAACACCCCAUUUGGAUUGUAUGGAGGACAACUGAUUCUUCUUCAACAACCAGAAUUAGUUCUCUUGUAAUUUUCACUAAAUCCUUUUUUGUUUUUUGAUUGAUCGCAGGAAAUUAACUUUUAUUCGAUGAUGAUUAUUUGGGCGUAUUUCGUACCGUGGAAGAGGGGAAAGCGUUAAAAUGGAGUGGUUAUAAUUAAUGUGAUGUUUUACGCUUUGCUCCUGUGUGCAGACUGUCCUACGCGUGUAUGUGCUGAUAGCUAGGAUUCCUCACUAGCUGGGUACAUCACGCUGCAUGUCCCUAAUCAGCGCCUAACCAGGCAUAUUAACAUUUUAAUCAAGUGGUGCAAACUCAGUCCAUUUUUAAAAGUCCAUUCAGAAGUUCUUGCUGCAAAAUUCGCAUGCUUCAACCAUUCCACGAACAUAACGGUCGACGGCGUUGCGAGUCAGGUCCAGCUCACCAGCGGCAUCAUUACUUGGCGACAUUGAGGAUACAUCAGCUGGCGGACCUGCGGUGUGGUACUGUCGUUCCUGUCUUUUUCUCAUCCGACUGGAUCUACCUAGCGCCAGGCUGCUGAGAUGAACCCGGUGAAUGCGACCACUCUCUACGUGUCAGCUUGUCGUUCGGUGCUGCAGUGCGAUCCCCGGGACCCCCAGGCUUUGGCCGAACUCUACAAGCUGUUACCUUUCUUCAGGCAAUCGCUUUCCUGCCUGGUGUGUGGGAACUUACUUCAAGAUCCAAUUGCUCCAACCAACUCUUCAUGCCAGCAUUAUGUUUGCAAAGCUUGUAAAGGCAAAAAGAUGAUGAUGAAACCAUCUUGCAGCUGGUGUAAGGACUAUGAACAGUUUGCUGAAAACAAGCAGCUGUGUAUCUUGGUGGAUUGUUACAAAAAACUAUGUGCGUACAUCGCAGACUCUCCACUCGCCCAGCAUAUAGCCAACACUGUGGGUGGCUCACCUGACAUACUGGCUAUGCUCAAUGAGGGUCUCUCAUCAGACAGCAACAGCAAACAAGAGGAGGAGUCUCAGGUCUCCCUCUCCUUGAAUUUAACACGCCACUCCCCAACACCUUCAACCUCAGAGAGGAUCCCCGAUGAGGACCGGCCGCCCCAUCCGGCUGAGGUCAAAGAGCAACCUCCCAGUCCUCUGGGGGUCAACGGCCUCCAGGCCUGUAACGGCCUGACCAACGUGGAUGAGCUAACAGCCAGUUUACCAUCUCCGCAGAGCGGUGCACCUGUCACUGUGGAUGUGGAAGGUGAAGUUGUGAAACAGGAGGACUACACAGACGAGAUACCUGUAUGCGACGCGGUGGCGACGGCCGGGGAAGAAAUCUGCGGAGGCAGCAUGGACAUUUGCGGUUUCGGAGAGGACAUCAAACACGACGGGGGAACUUUGCUUCUGAGUGUCGAGGAGGUACUCAGGACUCUGGAGCCUGACCAUGUCUCUCAGGAUGACUGUCCAUCCAUCCUGCAGUCAAGCCUCGAAGCUUCAGGGAAUUUAAACGGACCCUUUGGCUGUUCUGCCGCUUCGAACGACUCUUCCCGGCCUGUUCCCUCCCUUCCCCUCGAUUCCCCAGGCGUCUUAGUGCCCCAGCAUCCCACCACUCAGCAAAAUCCACAACCCUCCUCUGGGAUCCUGUGCUCCGCAGCCACUCCCAGGAUGCCCCGGUCUAGCCGAAAACGCUCGCGAUCAGAAAGCGACAGCGAAAAGAUUCAGCCCUUGCCCAUCUCGAGUAUCUUGAGGGGACCCCCAAUGGGUGCCUCUGCCCCUGUUGUUGUCAAAUGUGAACCUAAAGCUCCAGCAUUGACAGUACCUCACAUGGCAUCCGUGCCGAACGGUGGGGGGUUGUCAAAAGUGGGAAAGACGUUGCUAGUGCCCAAUAAAAGUGUCAAAAAGAACCUUGACCAUCACGGGCCCAAAAAAUCAUACACAAAGUCAAAACAGGGUGCCCCUAAGUCAAAAGAUAAGACAAAAGAACGGGUAUCUACCAAUGCCCUGAUUCCGGGGAGUCCCACGAAAGUGGUGUACAAAAAACCGCAGGAGAAAAAGGGCUGUAAGUGCGGCAGGGCCACGCAAAACCCAAGUGUUCUUACAUGCCGCGGCCAACGCUGCCCUUGUUACUCCAACCGCAAGGCCUGUCUGGACUGCAUUUGCAGAGGCUGCCAGAACUCCUACAUGGCCAAUGGUGAGAAGAAACUCGAGGCUUUCGCUGUCCCAGAGAAAGCCUUAGAGCAAACGCGACUCACACUGGGCAUCAACGUUACCAGCAUAGCCGUGAGAAACGCAGGCGCGAGCGGGGCCGGGGGCGUGUUAAACGUCACCUCGGCGACCGGCUCCCCCGUAGCCUCCUUCUUGGCCACCGGACCUCACGAGGAGAAGGGGUUCGAUGAGACUCUAGACAUGAGAUUUGACUGUUGAGCCCCAAACCCUCUGCUCUUACUCACCAUCACCCCCCUUAUUCCAGCCCUACUCACAUCAAGUGAGGUGGCCCCACAUAGGAGUUGUGAAGGUGACGCCAGUGGAGUUGGAAAAAAAAAAAAUAAUAAAGGCAGCUACUGUGAUUCUGUUCCAGUUCAUAUUAUCAGUUAAAUUAGUUAUUGCUGAAGCUUAUGCCUAUAAAUCACUUGUAAUACGCUUUUUGUUGUCUCGCGCACUAUUGCGGAGUAGAGAUGAAUCGUGUUACUGUAAGUGGAGAGAUUUCUAUUUGGCAGAGUUCUUUUAACGUUUCACUACAAGUGAUGUAUAAGGCAUGAUCUUUGGCAAAAAAAGUACUUGACCUCAUUGUUGUGGGUCAUGUUAUGUGGAUAAGUGGAGGAAAACUUUCAGUUUGUAGGUUAGAAGACAAGACCUGUUCAUUGAAAUGGUACCUGCUAUGUCAGUAGAGAUUGGUUGUAUUUAUAAACUUUCUUUUGUACACAGACUUACGAAUUUCAAUUUAAAAAAUACGUUUUAUGAUAUAUUUUAUAAGUUACAUUAACAACAUUUGCAGUAUUUAUUGGAUAUCACUUAUCAUAGAUUUCAGUCCAUCAUCAGGUUACCAUUUCUACAGAUGCAAGUCACAGGAUGCAGUAUGUACGGUUUCUGUCUAAAUUAUGUUGCUGUCCUGUUUGUGCUAGUUUUUGCUGUC